GGGCGGCCCAAUGGCAGCGCGGCGGGGCGGGGCGCUGUGGCGGUGGCGGCGCUGCGGGCGGACGGGGCGGCAACGGGGGUCCCGCAGCGGCAGCAGCCAUGAACGGCCCCGAGGCCGGCGGCGCCCAGGGCGGCGAAGGGAAGGGGGGUGAAGGGCGAGAGAAAAAGGAGAGCAACCCGUUUGCUGAGUUCAUGUGGAUGGAGAACGAGGAGGACUUCGACAGGCAGGUGGAGGAGGAGCUGCAGGAGCAGGAGUUCCUGGACCGCUGCUUCCAGGAGAUGUUGGACGAGGAGGACCAGCAGUGGUUCGUCCCGGCCCGGGAUCUCCCCCAGCGCGUGGGGCAGCUGCAGCAGCAGCUCAAUGGGCUCUGCGUCGCCGACGGCCGCGGCCCCGAGGAUGUCGUGAGCAAAAGCACCCUGAACCCCGACGCCAAGGAGUUUGUGCCGGGCGUGAAGUACUGAGAGCCGCAGCGGAGCUGUGCCCGCGGGAUUUGCCUGCAAUGGAGUGGCUGCGCUGGGGGCUCGGUUGGGUUCUUCCCUUUGUGAUCAUGACUUCCAUGUCCUUUUC